CCAUCAGAGACGCACGUCUCUCUCUCUCUCUGUGUUAAGAGUCCUCAACCAUUUCUUUCUGUGCUUCUUCUUCUUCCUCUACGUUCGUUCCCGCACACACCCUAGUCUUACUCUUCGAAUUGGACAAAGCAAUGACUUCGUCUUUUGGAGCUGCGAACUCGGCCCUGCUCGUGGACCACCAGAAGAUUCAGUUUCCGGCCUUUCGCGGCCUCAGGUCCUCCAACUCUCUUUCUUUGUUCCCGCGCCAGCACUCCGUUUCUGUUUCAUCUUACCGUCCUUCGCUUAUUAGAGCCGUGGCCACGCCCGCAAAGCCUGACAGUGCUUCCGGGACUAAGCGCAGUAAGGUUGAAAUAUUCAAAGAACAAAGUAAUUACAUAAGAUAUCCUCUUAAUGAGGAGAUGUUGACGGAUGCUCCAAAUAUUAAUGAGGCUGCCACACAAAUGAUCAAGUUCCAUGGGAGCUAUCAACAGUACAAUAGAGAUGACCGUGGUCAAAGGAAUUACUCAUUUAUGCUUCGUACAAAGAACCCAUGUGGAAAAGUAUCAAACGAGCUCUACUUGACAAUGGAUGAUCUCGCGGACCAAUUUGGAAUAGGAACACUUCGUUUGACAACCAGACAAACAUUUCAGCUCCAUGGAGUUCUGAAGAAGGAUCUCAAGACCGUUAUGAGUACCAUCAUUAAAAACAUGGGCUCAACUCUUGGUGCAUGUGGCGAUCUCAACAGGAAUGUUCUUGCUCCUGCUGCUCCAUUCAAAAGAAAAGAUUACCUAUUUGCACAGCAAACUGCAGAAAAUAUUGCUGCACUUCUAACUCCUCAGUCAGGCUUCUACUAUGAUGUAUGGGUGGAUGGGGAGCGAGUCAUGUCGGCAGAACCUCCUGAAAUAGUGAAGGCCCGCAAUGAUAAUUCUCAUGGAACAAAUUUCUCUGAUUCACCAGAGCCCAUCUAUGGAACUCAGUUCUUGCCAAGGAAAUUCAAAAUUGCAGUCACUGUGCCUACAGACAACUCGGUUGAUAUUCUUACAAAUGAUAUUGGUGUUGUCAUUGUAUCUGAUAAUGAAGGGGAACCUCAGGGAUUCAACAUAUACGUUGGUGGUGGAAUGGGAAGAACACAUAGGUUGGAGACAACUUUUGCUCGUUUGGGAGAACCAUUGGGUUAUGUGCCGAAAGAGGAUAUAUUAUAUGCAGUGAAAGCUAUUGUUGUUACACAGCGGGAAAAUGGGAGAAGAGAUGAUCGGAAGUAUAGCAGAAUGAAAUAUUUGAUCAGCUCCUGGGGGAUUGAAAAGUUUAGAAGUAUUGUUGAGCAUUAUUAUGGAAAGAAAUUUGAGCUGUUCCAUGAGUUGCCGGAGUGGGAAUUUAAAAGUUACUUGGGAUGGCACAAGCAGGGUGAUGGCAGUUUAUUUUGUGGGCUUCAUGUUGAUAAUGGUCGUAUUGGGGGGAAAAUGAAGAAGACAUUGAGGGAGAUAAUACAGAAGUAUAAUUUGAGCGUGCGACUCACACCAAACCAGAAUAUAAUCUUGUGUGAUAUUCGCAAUGCUUGGAAGCGUCCCAUCACUACAGCUCUUGCUCAGGCUGGUCUGCUGCAACCUAGGUAUGUAGACCCGCUCAACAUAACUGCAAUGGCAUGCCCAGCCUUUCCACUUUGCCCACUGGCAAUAAUUGAAGCUGAACGGGGAAUACCUGACAUCCUUAAGCGGGUUCGUGAUGUAUUUGAGAAGGUCGGUCUUAAGUACAACGAAUCUGUUGUUGUAAGGGUAACUGGCUGCCCCAAUGGUUGUGCUAGACCAUACAUGGCUGAGCUUGGGCUUGUUGGUGAUGGUCCGAACAGCUAUCAGAUAUGGCUUGGUGGAAGACCCAAUCAAACUUCAUUAGCAAGAAGCUUCAUGGAUAAGGUUAAGGUUCAAGACCUUGAAAAAGUUUUGGAACCUUUAUUUUAUCACUGGCAACGCAGAAGACAAUCCAAAGAAUCAUUUGGCGACUUCACAACCCGCAUGGGAUUCAAGAAACUAAAGGAGUUGGUUGACAAAUGGGAAGGUCCAGAGCUGGCAACAUCGCGGUACAAUCUGAAGCUUUUUGCUGAUAAGGAGACAUAUGAAGCGAUGGAUGAACUUGCAAAACUGCAGAACAAGAAUGCUCAUCAGUUGGCCAUGGAAGUGAUCUGCAAUUUUGUUAAGCCCAAUGGAAAGGGUGAAUGAGAUUGCUAUGGAAGUCAUUCGGUUGUUUUUCCAUGGCAUUAAAAGGCUAAGGUGAAUGAGGAUCAACUCUCUCCGACCUGUUACUCUUCGGUAACAGCUGGAGUGAAUGGAUACUGGUUUUGGUAUCAUUUUGUAUCGAGUUUGUUGUGUUUUGGUUUUACAGCAUCCAUAUUUAUAUAUUUAUAUAAUUUUCCCGAAUUUUGUAUCCAA